UUGCUUGUCGUGGCGGACACGAUGCCUCGCAUGCGGCCCAUUUAUUCAGAAUUGUUCUACGACCCCCUGACAGAAGAUGUGGAGGAACUUCUCGCGCGGUUCCAGCGUGCUGACUCCGUGAGAUACCAGCUGUUUUCAUCCAUUUGGAAGGAGAUGGGCUUCUCGGACAUCUUCAUAGGUGAAAUGAGCAUAAGUGAGAUGAAGAGGUUCAGCAGAGUGGCUCUGGCCACAGCCUUGAAGUACUUCAUGCCGCCGUACAGCUACCAAAUCAGAGUCGGAGGCCUGUAUUUGUUGUUUGGUUUUUAUCACACACAGCUCGUUAUACCACCUGUAAAGAUUCGACUCGCUCUGAAGGACUGGGACCCAGUUCAGAAGUUCUUGAAAGAGUCUGUGGACGCAGGCCACUACGACGUGGUUUACAUCUAUCGGAAGCUUGUCUCGGGUAAAGCCUUUCACUACGUCGCCAUGCCACAUUUCCUCACUUACGAUAAGCAGAGAAAACCAAAGGUGGAGCCCGUGUGUGCGGAGUUUCUGAGCAGAACCACGGCAGUGCCGGACCUCCUCUCCUCUGACAUCGUGGAGGAGCUGACCAACAUCCAGGACAAGUAUGAGAACCUGAAGGAGGCCACAGUGGAGGUCAGCUGCCACGUCACCAUGACCCACCGAGACGUCGCGUCCCGCCUCAUUGACUGCAUGUCAGAGUUCAUCAAAUGGCAGCAGAAGGUUUUCCCUCAGAACAGCAAGGACAAGAACACUCAAGAUGAAGCGGAGAAACCAGGUGUGGAGGAGUCCAACAAAAACAGCAGCAGCAGCAGGGCCAGACUCCUCUCCUCCAUCAAGAGCAAGAGCUACAGCAACUUCCAAGAGGCAUCCAGGUCCCGCAGGCACCGCCAGCCUGAGCCGGUGGACUCGUCCAGCUCAGGAGCAGAGCAACUUCAGGAGUUUGCGGUUGUCAAAAGGAAGGGGAGGCCUCCAUCUCUGCGAGCCCGCACCACAGAGAGCCUCAGGGUGGUGCAGGAGGAGGACAAUCUCCAGACCUGGCUCCUGAGUGCUCCUGAGGGACAGGAGAAGAUCCCAAUGAAGAGGAUCAACCAGCCUCUACCGUACAGAGCAAGACAGGAUGGGUGACAUUCAGGGUUUGUUGAAGUUCAGGCACUUUUAAUUUGAUACGGAGUUGAAUUUGAGUUGAUUUGUUUGAAUUAUGUGUUUGUUUAGUUACUGCGUUGACAGUAUUUGACUCUUUAAUUUGUGAAUAAAUGCACUGGUCUGCUUGU